AUGAGCGGAUCGUACUGGGAUUCGAGUCAGAGAAAUAAGUGGAAAUGCACUAGAGAAUCAUUGGCCAAAGAGAAACAGAAGCUUUGGCAGUUGGAGUGCCAGCUCUUCCCGCAGGGACUCAACAUUACGAUCCACGACUCGAAAACGAAUAAGCAGGUGACUACGAACAUUCCGGUGACGCAAAGAGACUUGCACUACGACCGGGACUACAAUUUGCGGAUAUACUGCUAUUUCCUAAUUAUGAAGCUUGGAAGACGGUUGAACAUACGACAGUGCGCACUGGUGACAGCACACGUGUACUUGAGCCGGUUUCUCAUACGCGCGAGCGUCCGGGAGGUCAAUCUGUACCUCUUGAUCACCACAUGCAUCUAUUUGGCGUGCAAAGUAGAAGAGUGUCCGCAGCACAUCCGGACGCUUGUCAACGAGGCUCGCUCGCUUUGGCCCGAAUUCAUCCCACCAGACGUCACAAAGGUCACUGAAUUCGAGUUCUACCUCAUCGAGGAGCUCCAGUCCUACUUGAUCGUCCACCACCCGUACCGCUCGCUCGAGCAGAUCGAGCGUGCCCUCGCGUCCCCGAAGUACAACUACAAACUAUCCGACGACGAGCUCCAGAAAAUCUGGUCCUUGAUCAACGACAGCUACACCACAGACGUCCACCUCCUAUACCCGCCCCAUGUCAUCGCCGUCGCCUGUCUAUUCGCCGUCUCCUGCAUCCUCCACAAGUCAGAGGACACCACCAAGCGCGACAAGAUCAACAGGUUCAUCGCAGAAUCCCAGGUAAAUCUGGAACAAGUUAUGUUCAUUCUCCAGGAACUCAUCACCCUUUAUGACCACUGGGACAAGUACAACGAGCUACGAAUAAGAGCACUCUUGCACGAACUCUACCUUCGCCAGCCCACUGUCAUCCAAUAA